GUCACUCCAGAUGUGCUUAAAAACAGAGCCUCUGUGUGGAAGCCCAGUCCCCCAAUCCCAGAGAGACUUAGGUUAGGAGAGGUACCAACUUCUGUCCCACCCAGGAGGCAGUAUCCGCCUCCACCCUGUGGAGCCAGGGAGAGGCCCUUGCUGCCCUUCUAGACAAGAAAGGGCAGUGAGAACUCUGUCAUCCCACGGAGAAGAACUCAGGGCUCACCUGGAGCUCCCGAGGUCCCACAGGGAUAGAGGGUCAAUUUUUCUCCCUUCUGGAAGAUGCCCUGGGAGGUCCUGAUGCUGAUGCUGCUGCUGCUCUCCAGCACCCAGGCUACUGCAUCGUGCAGGUGGAACAGAGCUGCACUGUUCCCCGCUGCCCACCGGCCGAAGAGGUCCUUGUCUUUGCCACUGAACCCAAUCCUGCAGACCUCCCUGGAGGAUGUGGAACUCCUCUAUGAGCUCUUGCUGGCUGAAAUUGAGAUCAGUCCAGACCUGAAGAUCUCCAUCAAGGACGAGGAGCUGGCUUCCCUGAGGAAGGCCUUGAACUUCCACUCAAUCUGCAACAAUAUCAUCCCCAAGCACAUCCCAGAUAUCCGCAGGUUGAGUGCCAACCUGGCCAACCACCCUGGAAUCCUCAAGAAAGAAGACUUUGAAAGGCUAGCACUGACCCUGGCUUACUCAGCCUACAGGACAGCCUUGUCGGAAGGGCAUCAGAAGGACAUCUGGGCCCAGGCCCUCAUUAGCCUCUUCCAGGCCCUGAGGCAUGACUUGAUGAGGUCCUCUGGCCCUGGAGUGUCUUCCUGAGAGACUGGCCCAUGCCAGGACCUUGAAGCAGGGACAGACACACACAGUCUUCCAGAACACUCAUCCUCUACUCUGCUUACAGAGACUGUGAAGAAAGUGUGUACUGCCCACACAGAAUAGCAAAGAUAAAUGAGUCAUCAUAAUA